CGCGGCGCCCGCUGUCUGUUGUUUUGUGUCUGUCCGCAACCUCCAGCCAGCCAGUCAACACCGAACAAGACACCCCAGCCCACCCCACACGCUUCCACCUCUCCUUCCAAGUCCCCCCGGCAUGUUUCGUCUUCUUCGGUACGGGCUGGAGACGUUUCCCGUCACCGGCGGCGAUGGUGACAAGGAAGAAGGAUCAGCGGCGACCACGCAUGCAACUUCGCAUGACGGCCAAGAUGCCGCAAGUUCAGCAACAAAAGAAGCACGCCAUCGUCCCACGAAUCAACACAAACACCGCCAUCGCAGGCGAGAGGAUGACGACGACGACGACGACGAUGAUGAUGAUGAUGAUGAUUAUGGCGACGACAUGUGGGUUGACAAUGAUAUGGAUGACUUCACCGAGCCACCAGCACAAAGGCCCAAACUUGCUCAAUCACAUCACGGAAACGGUGAGGAGGAGCACCGGCAACGGCAUCGACAACAACAGCAGCGACAACAACAGCAACAGCGACAACAACCGCAACAACAGCAGCGACAACAACAGCAACAGCGACAACAACCGCAACAGCAGCAGCAUCAGCAGCAACAGCAGCAACGCAGGAAACGGAGUCAUUCCACGCAACAUGAGCGUUCACGGAGCAUGCGCCCAUCCCCUUACCCUGAAAACACGGCUUCCGCACACCGUCGGUCAACCGACGCUGAUGGGAACCGAAGCACUGCUCGCUCCUCCUCAAGUCACGCUGCGCCCUCGACCACGAGUCGGAAAAGCCAUCCCAGCCGUAAUCAAGAGCUCCACAGCAACAACACAAGCAGCAGCAGAAGUUGCAAGCACCACCACACCAUAAGCAGCACUGCCACCAAACAUCAGCCCGCGUCUUCAAGCAAGCAUACACGUCAGAAUUCGGCCAACACCACGAGUGCCAGUGACAGCAGGAACAACAACAGCAGCGUGGCUGUGGCUUCACGCAAGACAAGCUCGGCAUCAAGCACGGUGUCAUCCGCAUCUACCGGCAGUGAUGACCGAGGUGGUAACGCGCAACGCAAGACGCCAAGCCAGAGUGAUGAGGCAGGACGAUCGGGCAACCGUGGCACCACAGCACGUGCACCACACCUACACGCGCAGCAGUCAGAGCACAACAAGCAGCAGCCACAACACGUCAACCCCGCGGCGAUGCAGGCUGUCGAGUCGCUGAUCAAGGGCCUGUGCCAACAGAUUGACCACGGCGAAGACGCCUCCCUGACCCUCUCGCAGGUGUAGCGGAAUAUCGUCGUUGUCAGCAGCAACCACCACAUCUGCGAUACACGGCAGUGCUGACUUCGGCUGCUGUGUUGGUAAUUGGCCACCGGCAUCGUCAUGGCGAUUUGAUGAUUUACUUGGCGGAUGGAGAGUAACAGACAGCACACGAGUGGGCAGGGAAUAUCAGGAACAGGCAGGCAAUCAGGCAGGCAGUGGCGGUGUGUUCACACGGUUGACAGCAUCUAACGUGGGUAAAUGAAUGGGUCGUAGGCAGAGCUACGCGACACGAGCAAAUGUGCUGGAGGGCGCUUGGACACGCAUGUCUUUGUGUGUGUGUGUGUGUGUGUGUGUGU